GUUUGUGUGUUAGGUGUUGGAGAUAGGAAUAGUGGUCCAUUCAGUGAUCAUUGGAAUAUCAUUGGGAACUACAGAGAGCAUUGAUACCAUAAAGCCACUUCUAAUGGCCCUUUCUUUUCAUCAAUUUUUUGAGGGGAUGGGGCUUGGUGGUUGCAUCUCUCAGGCAAAGUUUGAGUCAAAGUCUAUGGCAAUUAUGGCAACAUUUUUCUCCCUAACAACUCCAAUUGGGAUAAUAAUUGGAAUGGGAGUGUCAAGUGUGUACAAGGAGAAUAGUCCAAUUGCUUUGGCUGUUGAAGGGGUUUUCAAUUCUGCUUCUGCUGGGAUAUUGAUCUACAUGGCAUUAGUGGAUCUGCUAGCAGCAGAUUUUAUGAACCCGAGGUUGCAGAACAAUAUGAAGCUUCAAUUAGGGGCAAAUAUCUCUCUUCUUUUAGGUGCAGGUUGCAUGUCUUUAUUGGCCAAAUGGGCUUAAGUUUUGGUCUUUUACUUUCCACUACUCAGUAAAAUAGAGCAUUCUCUUAUGCUUAAUUUUUUGUCACUUCAAUAUUAUUUCUAUUUCUUUCUUCAUUUUC